ACCGCCCACUCAAAUUGAAAUCAGUCCAACUCCGGUCAUGGCUGCACUUCACUCUGGUUAUUCUCAUCCAGUCCUUAGAGUAUGGCAGAGUAAUGCUGGCACGGCGCCUGUCACUGAUUAUUUCAUAUACCCUUUGUUUAUAACUGAUGACCCUGAUGGUAAAGAGGAAAUAGCCAGUCUUCCUGAACAGUACAGAUGGGGUGUUAAUAAAUUACAAGACGCUUUAGAUGAACUGGUGAAGGAGGGAUUACGUGCUGUCUUGCUUUUUGGAGUACCACAAAAAAUUGAAAAGGAUGGUACAGGUAGUUCGGCAGAUUGCUCUGAUAAUCCUGUCAUACUAGCAGUAAAGAGAUUACGUGAAUUAUAUCCAUCAUUACUAAUAUCCUGUGACGUCUGUUUAUGUCCAUACACUGAUCAUGGACACUGUGGUAUCCUAACUAAUACUGGGUCACUGGAUAAUCCAAAGAGUAUCAAGAGAUUGGCUGAGAUUGCUGUGGCCUAUGGUAAAGCUGGGGCCCAUGUUGUAGCACCCUCAGACAUGAUGGACAAUAGAGUGAGAGCCAUUAAACAAGGACUGGAGCUAAAUGGUCUGUCUACUAGUGUAGCUGUAAUGAGCUACAGUGCCAAGUUUGCAUCUAGCUUCUAUGGACCAUUCAGAGAUGCUGCCAAGUCAGCCCCAGCCUUUGGUGAUAGAAGAUGUUAUCAGUUACCUCCUUCAGCUAGAGGCUUGGCUAAGAGAGCAGUGGAUAGAGAUAUUGAGGAGGGAGCUGAUAUCAUUAUGGUGAAACCUGGUAUGCCUUAUUUGGACAUAGUCCGUGAUACAAAAGAAAAGCAUCCUGAAUUUCCAUUGGCAAUCUAUCAAGUGUCCGGAGAGUAUGCAAUGCUGUGGCAUGGAAGCACUGCUGGAGCUUUUAAUUUAAAGAUCAUUGUAAUGGAGAGUAUAGAGUCAAUGAGACGUGCUGGUGCCGAUAUAAUCAUCAGCUACUAUACGCCUAAACUGUUGAAGUGGUACAAACCUGGACAAGAUUAAAGAUGACAUUCAUAGAAUUUUUUCAAUGACGUAUAUUUCAAUUCUGAUAUUUUUUAAAGUAAAUGAAAAGCGAUGAUGAAUCAAAAAAAUAGAAA